AGCUCUCUCCCUUAUUUCACUUUCAGUCAUUGACCUCCUGACGGUGACGGAGGCCCGGCACAUGGCUUCGGUCACGAACAAGAUCCGGACGGAGCUCCUGUCGGUCAGUGACCUCUACCUGCUCUCCACGGUCCGCCUGCCCCCGAAGCAAGGUGGGGUCCUCUUCGGCCUCUACUACAGGAAGGACAACAGCCGUUGGUUGGAAGUCUCCGUGGUCAGCAAGACCAGCAAAGUCCUGAUCCGAUACCUCCGUCCCGACGGGAAGCUCCACUCGGUGAACCUGCAGAACGCCCCACUUGCCGACGGCCGCAGCCACACUGUCCUCCUCCGUCUGAGCGGCCUGCAGGGCAGCAGCCUCUCGUUAGACCUCUAUGUGGACUGCAAGCAGGCGGACUCGAAUGCGGGGCUGCCGGAGAUGACCUCGAUCGACGGGGAGCAGAUGGAGGCCGUGGAGGUGCGGACGGGGCAGAAGGCCUACCUCCGUAUGCAGGGGUCUCUGGAGUCGCUGAAGCUGAUCCUGGGGGGCUCGAUGAGCCGAGUCGGAACCUUGAGCGAGUGCCCCUUCCAAGAGGACGAGUCCAUGCAGAACACAGUCUCCAACGUGAUCCAUUCCCUCUUUGGUGAGCAGACGAAGGCGCUGGUGAAGCAGUUGACCCUCUUCAACCAGAUCUUGAUGGAGCUUCAGGAGGACGUCAGGGAUCAGGUAAAGGAGAUGUCCCUAAUCCGGAACACCAUCAUGGAGUGCCAAGUGUGUGGCUUCCACGAACACCGCUCCCGCUGCAACCCCAAUCCGUGCUUCACCGGCGUCGACUGCAUGGAGACUUACGAAUACCCGGGCUAUCGCUGCGGGCCCUGUCCGCCGGGCUUCGAGGGCAACGGCACCCACUGUGCCGACAUCAACGAGUGUGCCUACGCCAACCCCUGCUUCCCUGGCUCCAAGUGCCUCAACACGGCGCCCGGCUUCCGUUGCGAGCCCUGUCCGUCCGGCUACAGAGGGAACCUCAUCUCCGGCGUCGGAGCCGACUACGCCAAGGCCAGCCGACAGGUUUGCGCAGACAUUGAUGAGUGCAACGACGGGAACAACGGCGGGUGCGAUCCCAACGCCAUCUGCACCAACACGGUGGGGUCCUUCAAGUGCGGGCCUUGCAAGUCGGGCUUUGUGGGCAACCAGACGGGGGGCUGCUCCUUAGAGAAGACCUGCGAGAGCCCCAGCAACAACCCCUGCGACAUCAACGGCUACUGCCUCUUUGAGCGCAACGGGGAGGUCUCCUGCGCGUGCAAUGUUGGUUGGGCCGGAAACGGGAAUGUGUGCGGACGGGACACGGAUAUUGACGGCUACCCGGACGAGCCCCUGCCCUGCAUCGACAACCACAAGCAUUGCGCACAGGACAACUGCCGAUUGACACCCAACUCGGGGCAAGAGGACGCGGACAACGACGGCAUUGGCGACCAAUGUGAUGAUGACGCGGAUGGUGACGGGAUCAAGAACGUGGAGGACAAUUGCCGGCUCUUCCCCAACAAGGACCAGCAGAAUUCGGACACCGACUCCUUUGGGGACGCUUGCGACAGCUGCCCCAACGUCCCCAACAACGACCAGAAGGAUACGGAUGGCAACGGGGAGGGAGACGCUUGCGACAACGACAUUGACGGUGACGGGAUCCCCAACGGGCUGGACAACUGCCCCAAGGUGCCCAACCCAUUGCAGACGGAUCGGGACGAAGAUGGUGUGGGGGACGCCUGCGACAGCUGCCCCGAGAUGAGCAACCCCACACAGACAGAUGCUGACAGCGACCUGGUGGGGGACAUUUGCGACACUAAUGAGGACAGUGAUGGGGAUGGCCACCAGGACACCAAGGACAACUGUGCUGAGGUGCCCAACAGCUCCCAGCUGGAUUCGGACAACGACGGACUCGGGGACGAGUGUGACAAUGACGAUGACAAUGACAGUAUCCCUGACUACGUUGCUCCCGGUCCCGACAACUGCCGUCUGGUUGCCAACCCCAACCAGAAGGACUCUGAUGGUGACGGCGUGGGAGAUGCCUGCGAGGAGGACUUCGACAAUGACACGGUGGCUGACCCGCUGGACGUCUGUCCAGAGAGCUCCGAGGUGACACUGACUGAUUUCCGGGCCUACCAGACGGUCAUCCUGGACCCCGAGGGAGAUGCCCAGAUAGAUCCCAAUUGGGUGGUGCUCAACCAGGGCAUGGAGAUCGUCCAGACAAUGAACAGCGAUCCAGGUUUGGCUGUGGGCUACACGGCCUUCAACGGGGUGGACUUCGAGGGCACCUUCCACGUCAACACCGCCACCGACGACGACUACGCGGGCUUCAUCUUCGCCUACCAGGACAGCGCCAGCUUCUACGUCGUGAUGUGGAAGCAAAUGCAGCAGAAAUACUGGCAGGUCACCCCUUUCCAAGCCGUGGCCGAGCCGGGCCUCCAACUCAAGGCGGUGAAGUCCAAAACGGGUCCCGGGGAGUACCUGCGCAACGCCUUGUGGCACACGGGCCACACUCCGGACCACGUGCGGCUGCUGUGGAAGGACCCCCGCAACACCGGGUGGAAGGACAAGACCUCCUACCGCUGGCGCCUCCUCCACCGGCCCCAAGUGGGCUACAUACGGGUGCUGCUCUAUGAGGGCCCCCAACUGGUGGCCGACUCGGGCGUGGUCAUUGACACCACCAUGCGAGGCGGGCGCCUCGGCGUUUUCUGCUUCUCCCAGGAAAACAUCAUCUGGUCCAACCUGCAAUAUCGCUGCAACGACACCAUCCCAGCGGACUUUGAGCCAUUCCGCCGGGUUUUACUCGAGAGGCCCUGAAGGAGAGCGGCCGGAGCGCCCACCACAGACUGGACCACGGGGACACCUCUGUGGGCCCCGGUGGUCCAAGGCCCCCAGCGAAGCAGCCGCUUGGCCAUUCCGGUGGAAGGAGGGAGGAGGAGGAGGGGGGCCGGUCCCACAAAGGCACGGGUUUCUCCAGGUAUCUCCGGGGUUCCCUCUCGGCCUUUUGGGGGGAAAGACGGAUUCACCAAUAAAACUUCGGCUCUUUUUCUAAUAA